ACUGCAGCUGACAGGUCAACACUUGUUCAAGGUUUCCUAGAAUGUUAGUCUAAAUUUGUGAAGUUUGAAUGUAAGUCUUGACUUACAUCAGUGUUGGUGAGAAGUGCAGAUGUUGUGGCUUGUGCUUCUGGCUGUUAUCACUGCUCUCACACACGAACGUGUGUGGGGGGAGGAGUGUCCAUGUCAGUACCUGGAGGCUGACCCACUCUUUCCUGGCUCUGAUGGGUUCCGCUGGGACUGUGAAUAUGUUGCUCAUGGCCUCACUUCCAUACCCACCGCCUGCUGGCUCCUACACCCGGAUGUUACUCAGAUCUUCCUUGGCUACAACGAGAUCUCUGAGGUGACAUCACAGAGCCUGGCUGGAGUGACCAACCUACAGACUCUCUCCUUCAAGAAGAACAAGAUUACCGUCAUACCUCCGGCUACUCUUAACAGUUUGAGCUCACUGGAGUUUUUGGACUUAUCUAGCAACUAUCUUAGUGAGCUGCCUACUGACCUGUGGACCCUGACCACUCUCACCCAUCUUUACCUCGGUGAUAAUCAACUCAACGAUGCACUUAACUAUAACAUAUCAAAUCUCGUGAAUGUGGAAGUGUUGGACCUUCACCUGAACCAGCUGAGUGAGCUUCCUUCUGAGAGUGUGUCAACACUGAGUAACUUACACACGCUGCACUUAUACUGGAACUCCUUGGUCAACCUGCCACUCCUCACUCACAACUUGCACCUACAGGAACUCCUCGUCAAUGGCAACGCUCUCCUCGAGUUUCCUAAAUACAUGUUUGGAAAUCUCACCCAACCACUCACUUACCACUUUGUUGACAACCCGGCAUAUGACGUGUGGGCGACAAUGUUGCUGCCGCUGCCUGAGAGAAGCCACAUCAUGAUGGGGAAUGAUGUGUGGGUGUGGGCAGAGGAUGACCAACAAGCACUGCAGCUACUGUACCAAGCACAGUCUUGGGUCAUACUUGAUGGGCUCUCAGAGCCUAUAGACCUGACCUCGUUGCUCAGGAUCUGUGGCGUCACAUACACCCGACACAGAGGCAACCUUCCUCCAUGUUAAUUUGAGAAACUCAAGUUCUGCUUGAGUCAUGUACUGAGCAACAUGCUAAAUUGUAAGAAAAUCAAGACCUCUGGAAACAUUAAAGUGUUAAGCAAGAACUGUUUUUGCAAUGUAAAGUAUUUAAUGACUUUGAUAAAAAGCUUAAAAUUACGAUUAACAUUAUAUGUAUCCUUGUUCUUUUGUCUCUAAGAGCAUAUUCAUGGAAAACAUUCAUUGACUCAAUUGUCUUGGUAUUGAUAUUGCGCUAAAUUUUAUUUCUGUAUUAAACUAAAAUUGAAUUUGAA